AUGGCGGCUCCUCGGGCUCUUUUGGCCAGGAAUCGUUUCGUCUGCCAAACCUGCACUCGAAAGUUCCAGAUUCAGGCUCGCCGGUCCUAUGCGAGCGCGAGCGCAACAUCCCCGGCCGCGGAACCAGAUGUCUAUGAUGUCGUCUGCGUGGGAGGCGGACCAGCUGGUCUCAGCCUUCUCACCGCACUCCGAUCCAACCCGGCAACAUCCCGCCUCAGGGUGGCUCUCGUCGAAGCCCAAGACUUGUCCAAGUUACGGACCUGGAACCUCCCAUCCGGCCAGUUUUCGAACCGGUGCAGCUCUCUCACCCCCACCUCGGCCCAAUACUUGAACACGAUCGGCGCGUGGCGCCACAUCAAGCGCGAGCGCAUUCAGGACUACAACGAAAUGCAGGUGUGGGAUGGUGUCAGCGGCGCAAGGAUUGAGUUCGACUGGCCAGCUGGCACUUCGACGGGGAAGACCAUCGCAUAUAUGUGCGAGAACCUCAAUCUGACCUCGGGCCUCCUCAGUCGCCUCGAAGAGCUUGGUGGUGUCUCGGUAUUCGACGGAGCAAAGGUCGAGAACAUCAACUUUGGAGAAGAGACGGAAGAUUUGGAUCUCACGCAAUGGCCUGUCGUCCACCUGUCCGGAGGGAAGCAGCUGCAUGCAAGACUUUUGGUCGGGGCGGACGGCGCCAACAGUCCUGUUCGCACGUUCGCCGGCAUCAAGGCGCAAGGCUGGGACUAUGGCAGGCAUGGUGUUGUGGCAACGCUUCAGAUGGAUGGUGAGGGGUGGGGUGGGGAGCACAACAAAAUCGCGUAUCAACGCUUCUUGCCCACAGGCCCUGUGGCCAUGCUGCCGCUCCCCGGGAACUACUCUACGCUGGUGUGGUCCACGACCCCUAGCAACGCAUCGCUCCUGAAGAGCCUUUCACCAAAGGACUUCGUCGCCAUGGUUAAUGCCGCCUUCCGGCUAAGCCCAGUUGAUCUCGAAUUCAUGCACAAGCAGCAAACCGGACAGUCGGAGGAGCUCGCUUGGAGGUUAGAGCACACCUCAUUCGACCAUCGGGCGAUUCCCCAGCAGGUUAUUGGGCUUCAAGAGGGCACUGUUGCCUCGUUUCCCCUCAAGAUGCGCCAUGCAGACACAUACACUGCUGAGCGUAUUGCGCUCGUUGGCGACGCGGCGCACACUAUCCACCCCCUUGCUGGUCAAGGUUUGAACCAGGGCCAAGGGGAUAUCCAGAGCCUGGUCAAGACCAUCGAAAAGGCCGUCUCCACCGGACAGGACUUGGGGUCAAUGCUUUCUCUCGAAGCAUACAACGCAGAGAGAUACGUCGCCAACCAUAUUGUACUAGGCGUCUGCGAUAAGCUUCACAAGCUCUACUCCGUCGAUAGCGGCCCUCUGGUGCCAUUACGGUCCCUUGGCCUGAGCGCGGUGAAUGCUCUGGGCCCUCUGAAAAGGUUUUUCAUGGACCAGGCUUCGACCACUGGCGCGAAGCUUUUCUAA